AUGGUGGUAACGCCGUGCAGUCUCUCCACUCAACAGGUUUCUGUAGCUGUGGAGCAGCUGAGGAGGCAUCCUUCGCCACAGCUGCCCCUCACGUUGUCCAGCUGCCUUGUGUCAACCGUCGAGACCUGCAAGUUCCUGGGAAUUACAAUCUCUCAGGACCUGAAGUGGGCGACCAACAUCAACUCCGUCCUCAAAAAGGGCCCAGCAGAGGAUGUACUUCCUGCGGCUUCUGAGGAAGCACGGCCUGCCACAGGGGAUGCUGAGGCAGUUCUACAUAGCGGUCAUCGAAUCAGUCCUGUGUUCUUCCAUCACAGCCUGGUUUGGUGCUGCUACCAAAAAAGGACAAACUCCGACUGCAACGGACAAUCAAAACUGCUGAAAGGAUUGUCGGUACCCCCCUACACACCCUUGAGGACUUGCACGCUGCCAGAACUAAGACAAGAGCGUGCAAAAUCCUCUCGGACCCUCCGCAUCCCGGUCACCGGUCCCUCAGAGCCAAAAGGAGAAAUGGAUACACGGCAGCUUCAAUUUGUUUUCAUGCUUUUUUGCACUCUGGUGCAAAUCCACCAGGGAGCGUCUCGUGGCAAGGAAGAGGAGCAGCAGUUAUUGCAAGACUGGCAGGGGCUAGAUAAAUCACUGGAGUCGACUCUGCUCUGGCCUAUUGCAACCCUUGUGAAAAGAUCUAAAGCCUAUCGCUUCUAUGGACUCAUGGGGAAACGCUCAGGAAACAAAGACCUAUUAGUGAGCCAGUUGAGGGGAAACAUCCCCAGGGAAUCUGCAUCUCGAAGAGCCCUGUCGGCGCUGAUCGCAUUGACACACAUUUUAGAGAAACCACACAAGCAGGGUUUACCAAAAGUAUGGGUACAACUCCUGUACCGCUGGGAAGGAGCCAGGAAAAAGUAAUUAUGACCUAUACAAUGUUACGCCAACCAAAGACGAUGACACAGUGCUUGCAUCGUUCUCCUCUGCUCUCUUCAGUCUCAAAUCACAGUAAUGAUUAUUUAUCUUUUGCUUCAUAAGUCAAGUGAAAUAAAAACAAAAAUGUCUAUAACUGCU